AGGUAAGAAGACAUCAACACCAAUGACAACAACGACAACAACGACAACAACAACAACAACAGGAACAUAUGAAUGUACUAAGACACCAACAACCUUAACAACUAGGUCUACGCCCAAAACAAGACAGACUUCAGCAGCAACACCAUCAAAAACUGCAGCACCUCCCCCUGCAACAACUGUACAAUCAACACCACCUUUGAGAGCCACCAUCUCUACAAGUACGACUACAGCAAAGAAAAAGCGUCAGAACAGGAAACAUGGAGGUAAGAAGACAUCAACACCAAUGACAACAACGACAACAACAACAACAACAACAGGAACAUAUAAAUCUGCUUCUAAAGACCAUCAACCAGUUCUUCGUUUGGUGUGUGGAGUAGUUUUCUCCUUUCUUGUUCUCGUCAUCAUCAUCAUCUUCAUCAUCUACUUCACUCAGAGACGCAGGUUGAAAAGACGAGGAAAUGAAGAAAGAUUUCACGUCUAUGACGAGAUACAGGAUGGAUUUUUGUUGCAGCCAACAAAUGGUGGAGGAAGCUUGGCAGAACCAACAGCCACAUACUGCAUGGCAGGUUUUUCAGCUGGAUCAAACCAAAAUGAUCCUUCGUACUCAACCAUCCCAGAUCUUCCUCCAGUGCAGAAGAAGACCAACACAUCUCUGCAUAUAGAGUCCCCAUAUUCUUUGAUUGGCAACACUUUCACUGAUGAAAAAAAUAAAGGUUCAUCACAGCUCAGUGACAACACGUAUUUUUUACUGGAGAAACCCAAAGUGCCUGGAAACAACAAGGACCAAUAUCUGUAGUUUGACCUCAAUAUUGUGCUAUUGUCACGUAAAAAAAAAAAUAUUGUGAGAAAAAUGUUUAGCUCCCUGUUCUGGAAGUUGAGAUUAAAAUGGCUACUGACUUUUAACAUGUGUCCCGACUCUAGAAAUGCAGGAUUGGACCCAACUGCA